AUGGAGAGUGGUGGCUCAAUGAAAAGAACAACCAGCAAUGAAUCACCUUUUACUCCUCUUGAUCCAAAAAGGCCGAGAGUUGUUUCGGAUGAAAUUCCAGAUGUUCCUCCUGCUUUUCGGCCUAUAACUCCAGAUGUUCCUCCUGGUUUUCGGCCUAUAACUCCAGAUGUUCCUCCUGGUUUUCUGCCUAUACAGAUUUCCAAUUUGGAUGAGCCAGUUUGUAACCGAAGAACCAAUGCCAAACGUGACAAUCAACAUAUUGAUGAGCCUUACGUAUCCGACAUCUCCGAAUAUCUUCGCAUGAUGGAGAUCGAGGAAAAACGAAAACCGGCUAUUGAUUACAUUGAAAGAGUUCAGAGAUGCAUGAUGACUACAAACAUGAGAGAAAAAUUGGUUGAUUGGCUAGUUGAGGUUGCAGAUGUAUACAAACUUUUACCAGAAACUCUUCAUCUAGCUGUUUCCUAUAUUGACAGAUUCCUAUCUAUCCAAUCUCUCAAUACAUCCAAGCUUCAGUUGCUUGGGAUUUCUGCUAUGCUCAUUGCGUCCAAGUAUGAAGAAGUCAAUCCAACAAGAGCGGUACAGUUCUGCCAAAUUACUACCUAUGAACUGCAUGAGGUUUUAGAAAUGGAAGCUCGCAUACUCAAGUCCCUAAAUUAUGAAAUGGGAAACCCUAAUGUCAUCACAUUUUUAAGGACGUUUGCUGUGAUUGCUUGUGAGAAUCAAACGACUUCCCAUUCCCAGUUUAAAUAUUUGUGCAACUAUCUUGCCGAUUUGAGCCUGCUUGACUACGAGUGUCUACAAUUUAAGCCUUCUACAUUGGCUGCCUCCGUUAUAUUUCUGGCCAAAUUUAUUAUCCGGCCUCGAGUAAAUCCUUGGACUUUGUCCCUCCAUGAAUCUUUGGGUUAUGGAUCUGAUGAUUUGGAAGAUUGUGCUACCAUUCUACAUGAUUUGUAUUUGUCAAGAAGGGCAGCAUCCUUGAAAACUGUCCGUGACAAAUACAAGCGGAGCAAGUACAAAUGUGUAGCAAACUUGUCUUCCCCGCCUGAGCUGCCAGAAAGUUACUUUGAAGAUGUUCAUGCCUUCUACCAGUGCAAUGGAGGCGCGAACAUCACGACAGACGAUGAGUGGGAUUGA